AUGGAAAUUUCAGUGUAUGUUCCAUCAAUUGAAUUUACAAAGCACCUUAAAUUUUAAUGGAAACGAUAGCCUACAAAAAUUAUUAGAUAGGCUAAAAUAUUGAAAGACAAACACAAGUAUAUUUGUUAUGGUGAAAACUCUGUUUGGAUCAACAAAGUAGCUUUAGGCUUUGCUCAUCAUGUAAGGUAAGGUUAAUUGAAGAGUACAAGUAAACCAAUAUAUCAAACAAUUGAGGAUUAUAUGGACUAGAAUAAUUGUCAAUAUUUUACAUUUGAAGGAAAUCCAUAAUGA